ACUUUUUUACAAGUUACUCCGUACAAUGGAAAAUAUUAUCCAAUUUGUCAAAGACGCAAGACGCAACUAUAAAAUCAAAUACAGUACCAAAUAUGGUUCAAUGCCAUAGAUCAUACUCAACCUUGGAAACGCUUCAAUGGCGACCACCGGCAGCUCGGAGUUCGAUCCUCAGAAGAUAAUUACCUACAAAUUUCCCGAGACGACCUAUACUUACAGCGAGAGAGAUGCUGCGCUGUAUGCGCUGGGUGUUGGAGCAUGCGCAAAGGACGCCGUAGAUGAUAAAGAGCUCAAAUUUGUUUAUCAUCCCGAUGGUCAGCAAUCUAUCCAGGUCUUACCGACUUUUGCGGCUUUAUUUUCUAUUGGAUAUAGUGAGGCAAUUGCGGAGCUACCAGGCUUGCAAUAUGAUCCACGCCUUCUGUUGCAUGGACAACAAUAUAUUGAAAUCUACAAGCCGCUUCCUUCUAGUGCUUCUAUAAUAAAUAGAGCAAGCAUUGCUGGACUGCAUGAUAAAGGUAAAGCAACUGUUCUAGAAGUUGAAAUCAAGAGCUAUGAGAAAGUGUCGGGUGAUCUUCUGUGUAUGAACAGGAUGGCUGUUUUUCUGAGGGGUGCUGGUGGAUUCUCAAAGUCUUCCAAUCCUUAUUCAUAUUCCAAAUAUCCAGCAAAUCAGACUGCUGCUCCUAAAAUCCCCAAAGGCCAGCCAUUUGUUGUUUUUGAGGAUUAUUUGCAGCCACCACAGGCAUUGCUUUACAGGCUCUCCGGUGAUUACAAUCCCCUGCAUUCUGAUCCCAGGGUUGCAGAUGUUGCAGGGUUUUCUCGCCCAAUUUUGCAUGGGCUGUGCACACUUGGAUUUGCUGUCAGGGCUAUCAUAAAAUGCAUCUGCAAAGGGGACCCAAACAUGAUAAAGAACAUAUCUGGCAGAUUUUUAUUACAUGUGUAUCCGGGUGAAACCUUAAUGACAGAAAUGUGGCUGGAAGGUUUAAGGGUUAUAUAUCAGGUGAAGGUGAAAGAACGUAAAAGGGCAGUGCUUGCUGGUUUUGUAGAUCUUCACCGUUUAAGUUCAUCUCUGUGACUGGAGGUUCUGUUUUUUCCUCUAUGAAAUAUGUUAUAUGUGUAACUGGAGGAGUUUGUUUCUCCUCUAUCAUUCCAUGUUUAUUAUCCUGAAUAAGGCACAUCAGAUGAUGUUUCCAAAAUGUUGCUCUCGUUUAUGCUAGCUUAUGUGCAUUGGUUAUAAUUUGAACCAA